UUUUGUGAAUAGAAAAAAAUAACUUUCCGUAGGUUCACUAUCUUGCCAUUUUCUAGCUUACAAUCAUUUAUAUACAUAGUAAGAUGUCCACUAGCAAAAACUUGAGGAAAAGACCCAAAACAGAUUAUAAUGAAUCAUCGGAGGUGCCUAGGCAAAAAGUAAAAACAGAAGACAUUCCUCUUGGUAACAAUGGUAUCGCACAAACCAAACAACCGAUAGUAGCCCCAAACGGAAAGGUUUUUUACCCCUGCCAGUAUUGUUGCAAGAUCUUCCCACAAAAAUUAACCAGCAUCACUCACAUGAAGAAAUGCCCAAACAAAACCAACAAGCCGCCAGUGUUAAACGAAACUGGUAUAAACAAUAAUGAUAUUGACAAAGAACAAACAGAAUUACGCAUUGAUGAAGAUCUGAACAGCAGCAAUAGCAGCACAGAAAAUGUAUCCCCUGAAUCAGAAAAUAAAACCAGUCAAUGCAUAACUAAAGAUGUAUCGAUAUAUGAUUAUAACGAACAAGACGACGACUUGGAAGAUAAAGAUCUACGAGAAAAUGGCGAUGAGGUGUUAAACAAUCGACAGUGCAAACACUGCAGUACACUGUUUGACAACCCGCUAGAAUUGUUGCGCCACACGAGGGACUGUCAUAACUUUCCCCGGACAAUCCUUCCUCCUGAUGAAAUAGAAAAGUAUUUUGACUACCCCAAUAGGCAGUACUGUCCUAUUUGUGAAAAACCUAUUAAAACCCGCAAUUUCAGGUCAGUUUUUAUAAAACACUUACUUGUACACACCACGGGACUUACACACGAAUGCAGCAUCUGCAAGAAGAAGUUCAGGAGAAGGGAUCACAUGCGGGCUCAUGAAAAGAGGCACAUCGUAUCCCUUUAGAUGUCAGGAGUUUUAAGGUGUUUCGUGUCUUCUACUGCUGUGUGAUUGAGAUCUGACUAGAGUUGACUGAGUAGUACAUAAACAGUAAGAUGAUUUAUUACAGUAUAUUUUCGGUUCGUUAAGAAUGUGCAUCUUUAAGUUAAGGUCUAAAAAAUUUAGGUUGUUAGACGUUUAAUUUUAUUAUUAGAAUAAGGUAUUGUUUCUUGUGUAUUUAAACAAAAUUGUGACACAUUUAAGUGAGGUUAGUUAUGUUUAGAGUCGUACGCAGUUAAAAGGCUCUUAGACAGAGGGCAGUUGUUUCGUGUUUAGUUCUAAAUAAUAAGAAUUACUUUUAUAUUGCCAGAAGUGCCAAAAAGGUAAUGAAAAGGCUGUGCUAGAGUAAACAUUUAAAUUAGGUAUUAAAAUUUAGGUAAAAAUUUAUUUUCCUAAUGGUUUGUUAACUGUCUUUAACGACAAAGAUUUGAGAGGUAAACAUGAUAUUUGCGGUACAUUUUUCGGAGAAUAUAUACAUUUUUAAUAAUGUAUACUAACUUUCCAUACUGUCGAAUGGCAGAAAAAUAUUUAAAAUCCAACAGUAUUUUUAUACCUAUAUAUAUUUUUUGGAAUUCUUUUAAUCAAAAGUUGAAAUUGUCUGUCGAGAAUAUGAUAUAUGUAUUUCACUUUUCAUGAAGCCACCCUUAUAUUUCUCUUAUUUGAGCUUAAAACAUUUUCAUAUUUUAGUACAAAAUAAUUACCUGCAAAGCAAUUAUUCCGAUAUAAUUAAGUUUCAUUUUUGGUCAUAGAUGUCUAAUCUUUAAAUUAAAGAGUCAACUUUUUUAACAUAUUCUAAUUUAGCUUCUAUACAAAUUUCUUCCUACCAAAUUUGAGUGAAACAUCUUUAAGAGUGAUUGAUAUAUCGGUGCACAAUUAGUUUUUUUUACUCUUUGUUUUUAUAUAAAGCUAUUCAAUUCUCUGCCUAUUUUUUAAAUCCAGUUGAUAAUACAAAUUUGGCUUAUGAAUAUUUUCAAUAAAUGUAAAAAUAUUAGCAUAUAGAUUCCUACAUCAAUCUUUUUUAAAGGCUAGAUAAAAAAAAGUUUUGUUGAGAAUUAGAUGCCGUAGUUGUUUCUAUGGAUGCUAAAUGAGAAUAGGAACCUAUAUCGUAACCUAUGUUAUAUUGUCGAGGGUGCUUUUUGAUGGAGUAGAUAUUAGCUCUAUACCUAUCUUAGUUAAUUUAGAAGGUAUUUUGUGUAUUUAGAAGGUAAAAAAGUGUCAAUAGACGACUUUUUUCAAAGCGAUAUCUU